UGCAUAAAAUUACUAUUGAGGACUUGCCAAGGGACCCAUCAGGUGGAUCCAAUGUUGUCUCCGCAAAACCCAAGCUGUUCAUGAUGCAUCCCCCCCAAGUAGCAAAUAGCCUUGGCAGAAUGAUGGUGAACAAAAUAAAAAGAGAAGCAAAGGUUCUGGAGGCCCUUGCAGAUGUCCCUGGGUCAGCCCGUAUGGACCUGCUGAGAAAGUUCUGGAGAUUGAUGAUGGAAAGUGAGAGGGAACCUCUGGCUGUGCUGGACGAUGCACUGUAUGAGUACAGGCAUGGAAAACGUCAGCGUCCACAGUCUGAAGCUGUUGCCUCCUUCUUGGAUGUCCUGGAUGUUUCCAAAGCUUCCAGUGAUUCGACAAAAGCUGUUCAUGUGCUGGUCUGUGCAUUACAUGAGUUACCAGACAAUACUGCAGCUCUUCUGGCUAAAAGUGGUUCUGAAACCCUGAACUGCAUCCUUCAGAUGGUUGACGGUGUGCAGGAUGGUCAGGCCAGACUUCCAGAGUCUCCACCGCUGCCCCUGCAGGAGGAAGGGGAGCUCCACUGGGUGGCCAAGUUCCUCAUUGCAGCCAAUGAUCUGGAGCAUCUGAAGAAGAAAUGGGGUGAUAUGGAGAUCAGUCCAGAGGGCUUGGUGGAGCUGCUCUACACCAGUGUGGACGGACUGAGCAGGAUGCAGGCUGGAGUCAGCUCAUAAAGCAUCUCCUGUUUUAUCCCUGACGUUACAAACAACUCUGUGCAUCAACGUUCAUUAGAAUCACCUCAGUGUGAGACAUGAACAUGUCAUAAACAGUAGAAUUACAGCAUAUUUCCUUAACAAAGAAAUUUAUACACAGUAAAAUAAUCCUGCAAUUUCUGUCCUUCUAUGAUCAGCCUCAUAAUUCAGUGAUUCAGCAACAGUUCAAAUGUAGUAAUUUCCAUCACUAAACUAAAUUCCAGCGUUCCAAUCAACAUUUAACCGGGCCGCCAUAACCAUCCCAUCAUACAUUUUAGGCCAUAAAUAACAACACCAGUGGUUCUGCUAUUUAUGUGGAAUCAUUCAACAUAAAUCAUGAUACAUGAGCCCGGUGUAACAGUUAUGCUGUAUUAACAUUAUUUGCCUCAUAUUGUCUGUAAGAUGUUUAUUCUACUUGGAAUAGUAAUAAAUAAAAAAAUAAAAAAAACACUGGACAGAUGUGAUUGAUCAACUAGUGGUAGCAGCUGGAAAACGCACAUGGGUCUAAAGGGCAGGUGGCUGCGUCGAUGCCUGUUUAAAAAUACAAUCAAUGUCACAAAACCGUUUCUUAAAUGUUAGAAAUCCAGUUUAUU